AAUUCUUUAUAAGACUGAUGUCUUUUCUAGAAAAACAAAGUUUUUACCUCUAACCUUUUUACUUUUAGGUUCGAAAAAAUGGCCAAAAGAAUUGCCGAGAAGGAAUUGACAGAUAGGAAUUGGGAUCAAGAAGACGAAGCAGAAGAGGUGGGGACAUUCUCAGUGGCCAGUGAGGAAGUCUUGAAGAAUAGAGCCAUAAAGAAAGCAAAGCGUAGGAAUGUUGGAUUUGAAUCGGAUAGUGGAGGGGCCUUCAAAGGCUUUAAAGGUCUGGUCGCCCCUUCCGGAGGAGGAGGGUUUUCCGGAUUUGGCGCUGGCGCUGGAGCAAAGCCUCUGGAGGGACUGUCCAACGGGACCAGCAUGGCCAGCGCCUCUGCCUUCUCCAGUGCAGGCGCUGCACCCGAAAGCAAGGUCACCUUCGGAUCUGUUGUUGCAAAUGGCCCUGCUUCCUUGGCGGACAAAACGAUUCCAAAUCCCAAAACGAAUGGCGACAGCCAGCAGCCCUCCUCCUCAGGCCUCACCUCGAAUGCAGCCCACCGCCCGAGCGCCUAUCAUAAGCAGUUGGCCGCCUUGAACUGCUCGGUUCGGGACUGGAUAGUGAAGCACGUGAACACGAACCCGCUGUGCGACCUGACGCCCAUCUUUAAGGACUACGAGAAGCACCUGGCAGGUAUCGAGCAGCAGCAUGGCGGCGGUGGCAGCGGUAGCUCCGACACCAGCCCUAGCGACGCGGCCGUUGAAACGCAGGCUCCCUCCCUGUUUGGUUCAACAAAAUUAGAGCAAGAGUCGGCAUUUUUGUUCCAUGGUAACAAAGCUGAGGGAACAUCCGAAAAGAUGGAGGCCGGGCCUGAAACGAGAGCGGAGCCGUCCCUGGGGGCAGCCAGUGCCUCGUUUAACUUUGGCAAGAAAAUCGAGAGCUCUGUUUUGGGCCCUUUAAGCUCCGGUCCCCUGACUGGAUUUUCAUUUCCUUCUGGAAACUCCGGUUUGUUUAGCAAAGACAUCACCCAGAGUAAACCAGUUUCUUCGCCAUUUUCCGCUAAAACGUCGGAGAACCAGGCAGGUGGCGGCAGUAAUGACUGCAAAGGUGGAGACGAAGAGGAAAACGAUGAGCCGCCCAAAGUAGUAGUUACUGAGGUAAAAGAAGAAGAUGCUUUUUACUCCAAAAAGUGUAAACUAUUUUACAAGAAAGACAAUGAGUUUAAAGAAAAGGGUGUAGGUACUCUGCAUUUAAAACCCACAGUGAAUCAGAAGACACAGCUUUUAGUGCGGGCAGACACCAACUUAGGCAACAUUUUGCUGAAUGUCCUGAUCCCACCCAACAUGCCGUGUACCCGAACGGGGAAGAACAACGUGCUGAUCAUCUGCGUCCCCAAUCCGCCCGUCGAUGAGAACAACGCCACCGUCCCCGUUACCAUGCUCAUUCGGGUGAAAACAAGCGAGGACGCGGACGAAUUGCACAAAAUUUUACUGGAGAAAAAGGAUGCCUGAGCUCACGCCGCUGAGGGACCGUUGCCAAGUUGCUGCUCCACCCCCCGCCCCCCAAAAAACAGUCAGUUCUCUUCUUACUUCAACAUUCUGAAAACUUUUAGAUAAGUUAGGACUUUUGUGAGGAAGAUUAAUGUGGCCAAUAAAACCUUUAAUGUUAAGUGUCAAACUGUAUUCUCCCUCCCUGAGAGCUGUCUAACGUGUGAAAUACAUUUGAAAGAUUUUUUUUGGAAGAUUUUUAAUGUUCAUUUAUUAAACUAACCACAAGUGAUUUCUUAACGGACUGAAA